AUGGGGAUGCGAACUCUCUGCCGUCCGGUUCUUCUGCUCAUUAUUGCACACCUGAUCGCAACAUGCAAUGCCUUGCCCAAACGACAAGCUCUUGUCACUACACCAAGCAUUCCAAAUGGCCACUGGAUUGACACCUGGGCGGCAAUGCCACAGCUGACCGAGUACACAAACUUGCCUCCACCUCCAUAUAAUACCACGUCGGGGCCGAUUUUCUACAACAGCACGAUCCGCCAGACCAUGCACAUGUCCACUGGCGCAUCGCAGAUCCGGAUCCGGAUCUCCAAUGCCUUUGGGCUUACCGACCUGCCCAUAACGGCUAUGACGGUCGCUCUCCCCUUCAACGGGUCGUCCGGGGUCAGUGCGAUCCAACCUUCGACACUGCAAAAGGUGACGUUCAGCGGUGGCGAGUCGUCCAUCAUCAUUCCCGACGGCGCCCUCGCGGUCUCCGAUCCCCUGGAUUUCCCGGUCCAGCCGCUCUCGACCAUCACGGUGACCAUGUAUCUCGCUACGGGCCAGAACGGGACAUUCAUCACGAGCCACCCGGGAAGUAGGGCGACGUCGUGGUUUACGCUGGGCAACCAGGUGGGCGCGACGAAUCUGACUGGGCCGUUUUUGAACAGCACGCAGCAUUGGUACUUCUUGUCUUCGGUCGAGGCGUGGUCGCCCUCCAACUACCGCACGUGGGCGAUCAUAGGGGACAGCAUCACGGACGGCAGAGGGAGCGACACGGACAAGAAUGACAGAUGGCCCGACCUCGUCUACGCGCGGAUGCAAUCGAGCAACUCGUCGCUCCUGACGUCCAUCUCGAUGAUCAACCAGGCCGCGGGGGGCAACCGGAUCCUCGAGGACGGGCUGGGGCCGAGCGCCCUCUCCCGGAUCGAGCGCGACGUGCUCUCGCACAACGGGGUGCGCUACGCCAUGAUCUGGGAAGGGGUCAACGACAUCGGCGACGCGGACGCGACGACCGCCAACCAGACCGAGACAUACGACCGACUGAUCUCGGCGUACCGGCAGAUCUCGACGCGGAUCCACGCCUUCGGCAUCCCGCUGUUCGCCGCCACCAUCACGCCCUUCUCGGCCCCGAACGACAACACCACUCUACAGCCCUACACGAGCCCCCUGCGCGAGCAGACCCGCCAGAAGGUCAACGCCUUCAUCCGCGGCGCCGUGGGCUCCAUCUUCGACGCCGUCUUCGACUUCGACGCCCUCCUGAGGAACCAGUCCGUCCCCAGCCAGCUGACCGGCGCCCUGCAGUCCGGCGACUACCUGCACCCCAACGACGCCGGCUACCAGAUCCUGGCCAAUAGUUUCGACCUGUCCGUCUUCCAGAAGUUCGACGCCGGCGUCGCUGGCUUUGUCUAG